AUGGCGCAAGAUCUUUCACAAGAAAUAGCAAAAACAAGACGCACAAGGAGAAGAACAGAUUCAAAUCCAAGAAUCCCACUUUUUGUCAUUUGGGUCAUCCUAAUCUCCACCCAAUUACCGUCGUCGUCCCCAGCUCACCACCACCACCACCACCACGAUUCAAUAUCCUCCAGCCGAAAAGCUGAGUUCUUUAGAACUGCGGCACCACAUUUCCAUGCAGCAGCACGAAGCCGAGCAGCUGGAGAAGGCAAUUUGUAUGAUGAAGAUAAACGAUUAGUUCACACAGGUCCAAACCCUCUUCACAAUUAG